GGAAGAGACAACGGAGUACAGCACGUACAGGACUUGGGCGCGAGUUGUUAUUGAGUCUGUCAGUUGACAGAUGUCAGAUUUUAAAAAGAUUCAGUUGAGUUUUGGAUGACAAGAUGGCACAGCUAAGCACAGCUGUGUCAGACCUAGUUUUGGCUGUGACAGCCUUCAGUGUCAGCUUACUAACUUUGUCUUCAAAUUCUCUCUUUUCUCUGGGAAUGAGCCUUCAAGGAUUGGCUGCUUCUGUUGGAGUUCUAAAGUUUGGCCAAUCACAGCCUUCAGGUUGGGUUGUGAAAGCCCACCACGCCUUGGCAUGGAUCACUACAGUGGUAGGAUUGGCACUAAUGUCAUCUGGGGUUCAUUUUAAUCAAGGUAGUACUAGACUAGCUCAGGGCCUUUUGAUCACAACGGCUGUGUUUACCCUGAGUGUCAAAUUCAUGGCAGCAGACACCAAAACCUUACUGACCAAGUCCCUGAGCGGUUUCUCCUUACUGAGCCUACUGUUUCUCUUUGUCAUCAACUGGAAUAUGUUUGGAAUCACAGCCUGUGCAUUGUAUAUUCUGUCAGGCUCAGCUGUUGGGUCCUCCGGCUACUGGAGUGGGAUCCCUAGAGUGGACAUUCUUCAUUAUGGACUGGCACUGGGAAAUUUGUCUUUUCAGUGGGCUUCGUUGUGAUUGUAUUGUUAGUCACAAGAUACAUCCAUGUAUAUGUGUGUGAUCAGUCCUAACACCGAUCAUUUUUACUUGACAUACACAUACAGGAUGCUUGGGUUAAAAUCAUUAUGUAUUGUAUUGCUAGUCACUUUGUUAAAACUUUGAAGAUGAUAUGAUUAUACCUUAGUAAAAUACCCAUGUGGAAUAUUCUGUUUGUAUGCUGAUCAUUUUACUAAAUAUGUACAGUAUGUUUUGAUGAAAAUGGUUAACCUCUAUUUUUGCAUUAUGAAGUCAGUUACGAGUAUUUGAUUAUGUAAAGUACCCCCCAAAAGAACUUUUUAACUAAAAUACUGGGGCAUGAGUUUCUUUAUUUGUCAUAGAAACAUAGUCUUUGUUUUAAAGUUCCUUUUCAUGUAUCCUUAAAGAUCAUUCAGACAUCAUCUUUAAUCACUAGGACACUCAAAGAUCAGGUUCAAAACCGGCAUUGGACACUAAAUUCUCACUGCAUGAGGGGCCUUGAUUACACCCAUUGAUCGAGGACUCUCAAAGGGUGAUUUAUACAGUCUUAUGUUCACUCAAGAUUACCUCUAUUCAAACAAUAAUGUAUGGUGUACUUAUCUGUGUGUCAGAUGUGUGAAAUUGUCAUUGACUUGCCAAAGGUUGAAGAUUUUCUACAGUUUUCUCAACCCAUAAAACUGAUCGCCGUCAUUUAAGCGAACUAUUUUUGAGCUUGGUAUUAGGAUGACAAUCUAAUGAAUAAAUAAAUACAAACAUCAGCAGUUCCCAACUUCAUGUUCACAAGUUUGAUCCUAGCCAUUUGUGUAUUGAAUGAUGCAUUGAUUUUAAGCUAAAAAGUUCAGCUUCGCAGCUUCGUUCAGAUGAAUUCAUCCAAUCACAGAUCUGAAUAGUUGUACAUCUACAUUCUUGUUCUACCUGAACUGUUAUGGCUCUCAGAAUUCCCAAUGAAGUUUACAUAAGGUUAUAUUUUUUCUUCACUUUUCAGAAUAUAGAUGUUUUUAUUUGUACCAUGGCAUCAAAAUGUAUCUCUGAUGUCAAAGCAAAUACAUUACAUGUAUUUUUGUAAUAAAUUUGUUGUAUGCUAAAUUUUCCUUGCUG